CCCAGGGUCUCGGUUCCCGCAGCCCUACAGCAGGUCUCCGCUUCUGGGCAUCGGAAAGCAGGAGGGUGUGGGAUCAGGGAUGCCGGGUUGCACAAAGCAGCUCCGGGGAGGACGCCUCUCUUCCCUCUAAGAUAGUAAUCGGUGAAGGAAUGCGCAGGCUCGGAAACUGCUUCCGGGAUGAAGUACCGCGCUUGCGCAUCCCCGCCUUUUUCCUUCUCCAGCUGCAGCAGCGGCUCAGGGCUGCAGACUUGAAUCCUCACCAAUGGACCUGGUUGGCUUUGGUUAUGCAGCCCUUGUGACAAUUGGAAGUAUUUUGGGAUAUAAGCGAAGAGGUGGAGUUCCAUCUUUGAUUGCUGGUCUUUCUGUUGGAGUUUUGGCUGGGUAUGGAGCCUACCGUGUCUCAAAUGACAAACGGGAUGUCAAAGUGUCAUUGUUUACAGCUUUCUUCCUGGCCACCAUAAUGGGUGUGAGAUUCAAGAGAUCCAAGAAAAUAAUGCCUGCUGGGCUGGUUGCAGGCGUAAGCCUCGUGAUGAUCCUGAGACUGGUCCUGCUGUUGCUUUAGUACCCAAAGAAUCCAAGAACCAACCUCCUAUCAUUCUACUGUACCCGGCAGAGCAGCUUCUUGCAUUCAAAAGAUCAGUUGAAAUAGGUGGUAAAUUUCUUACCCUGAAAUGAAAAUAUGUUGUCACCUGAAAUUUAAAAACUAAUUGGCAAUAUUUGCUUGCCCUCCCCAUUUUCAUUUAAAGCACAAGUUUCAGCUAUUUCUUUUUGUUAACCCUACUCUUUAAUGGGUUGUUAUGAAGUCAUUCGCUUUGUCUCAUCUUGUGGGUGGAAUUUGGGGGCCUGCUGUUUUCUGCUCUUGAUAGUUCCAAGCUCUUAAGGCUCAAAUAAGAUGAAUGGCAACCUGUCAUGUCAUGGGUUCCCUGGAGUGAACCACAGAAUGUUGAUGAUUUUUAUGUCACUUGAUACAUUAGCGAUUUUAUUUGUAUUGUUGUGAGGGAUUUUUGCAUCAAAGGAAUUCCAUUCUCAACUCAUCAGUGUCGUAACAGAAUGCAUUCAGUAUUCAAAUAAAAUACAUUUUAUCUUAA